AUGGCUUCAACAAGAGCAGCCGCUGAGCCACGCGAUCAUGAGGACGAUGUCAAUGAUUCCGAUCUCGACAUCCAAGAGGGGAUAGAAACCAGCAGCCACAGUCAAGAUGAAAAGCAAGACCAAGAUCGAGACCUUGAGAAUACCCUCUCACGUGUCUCAAGCGGGCCUCCUUACACCGUCUUCUCACACAGGAUGAAGUGGUGGAUUGUUGGUAUGAACAGCAUAUCGGCUUUUAUAUCGCCCAUAACCGGCAACAUUUAUUUCCCUGCGAUUCCGACUUUGGCUACUGACCUCGGGGUUGGCGUGGAUCGGAUCAAUUUGACGUUAACGACAUACAUGAUCUUUCAAGCUCUGGCUCCGACCAUUUUCGGUGAUUUUGGGGAUAUUGCGGGUAGGAGGCCGGCAUUCAUCAUCGCUUUCACCAUCUAUCUUGGCGCCAAUAUCGGCUUGGCCUUACAGAGGAGUUACGCUGCUUUGCUGGUCUUACGUAUGAUACAGAGUGGUGGAAGCAGUGGAACCAUCGCCUUAGUCUAUGCGGUGGUAGCGGACAUCGCGCCAAGUUCAGAAAGAGGCAAAUGGAUGGGAAUUGUCGGCUCCGGGAUAACUAUCGGACCAGCUAUAGGCCCCGGCGGACUUAUAAACGCAUAUCUUGGAUGGCCUUGGAUAUUCUGGUUCUUAAUCAUAUUGACAGUUGUUUGGCUGAUCCCGUACAUUUUAGCGGUGCCAGAAACGGCACGGAAAGUCGUUGGUAAUGGAUCAAUUCCGCCACGGGGGUGGAAUAUGAGCCUUAUUGAUUACCUACGCUUCCGAAAGCAGCCCGUCGAUCAGACUUCAACACGUGCAAGGCAAAGAAUACCGAUACCCAAUCCUCUCAACACCUUGAAAGUGUUGCGCCACAAGGAUAUGAUCAUGAUCCUCAUCUUCAACGCGGCUUUGUUUACCUGUUUCUCAACAGUGACCGCUACCCUGGCUUCCCAGUUUGGGGAGAUUUACGGCUAUGAUGAAUUAACACUCGGUCUGCUGUAUCUUCCAAUCGGCGGUUCGACGACUAUCGCUUCCAUUGGAGGUGGCUUCGUUGCCGACUGGAAUUUUCGAAGAAUUGCCCGAAAGAUGGGUGUAAACAUGGAUCGUAAACGAGGAGUUGAUCUGGCUGAUUUCCCCGUGGAGAAGGCACGCAUACAGUUAAUUCUUCCACUUCUUCUCAUAGGAGCGGGAGCAACCACGGGUUACGGAUGGGCUCUCGAGCGUCAAACUAGCGUCGCGGUGCCCUUGGUCUUGUCAUUCUUCAUUGGCAUUUGCGUUACGUGGCCGUUCCAGAUUAUGAACCUUCUCGUCAUCGACCUUUACCCCACGGCUCCAGCGACAGCUACUGCUGCGAACAAUCUGUGCCGCUGCAUUUUAGGCGCCGCUUCGACGGCUUCAAUAGAAUACAUCAUUAGAGGUAUCGGCAGAGGUUGGGCAUUUACGAUACUUGCCCUCCUGUUCACGAUCCAGACUCCGUCUCUGUUUAUUAUCCAGAAGCAUGGGCCGAGGUGGAGGAAGGAACGGAUACAAAGAUCGAUAGAAGAGGCAGAAAAGAAGAAAACGGAAGUCGAUGAGAGGGUAGCCGGAUCAUAGAGUAGGGCAAGCAACCUCUUGCUCAUCGAUACAUGACACCAUAGAGGCUUCUAAUAAAUAAACUGAUUUCAGCCCGACACUCAAUAAUCGUUCCUGAAAGGAAUAAUCUCGCAACGGCCGCCGACUUAGAAGCGAUUGAUACCUGCGGUGCAUUUGUAGGUACGAAGCCAGAAUACUGUAAGACUACUCUGCCUCUUCGUAAGCGCAGCCACUUGAACACGAUAAAGCUUGGCGUAGAGGACUCUGAGCCGAGGCACAGCACAGAUGAG